AUGAUUGGCGAAAAACUCUCACGACAAGAAUGGAUUGCAGACGACAAGCAAGUCGCGUCGACCACCGUCAAACUGGCUGCAUCCUCGUUCGUCGGCGCUACCGACCUCUGGCAACGCGCUCAUCUCUGGUUCAGCGAACAGGACUCUUCUGUUCUUGCCGCAAUCACUCUUACGGCCAUCGCCCUAAUCAUGUCGUGGUCCUCUCGCUUCGACACCGAUGUCCUGGUUCUCAAGAGCAAGCGCAUUAGCUAUCCCAUCCACUUCCCUGCCUACUCGAUCGAAAAGGGUGAACUGAAGAUCAGAUCGGUCAGAGAGCAAGCCGCCAAGAAGACCGGCGCAGAUGCCCGACACAUCAAGCUCUUUUUCAGAGGCAAGAACAUGAAGGAGGAUGGCAAUUCGUGCCGCGCCGAAGGUCUUAGGCACAACAGCGAGAUCAUGUGCGUCGUUGGAGACGCCGUCCCCGAGUCUAUGAGCUCGAGCGACUCGGAAGGGGAAGAAGCGUCUGCCGACGGUACAGAUGCGCCAAAGAGAAAACGCAACCGCAACAAGAACAAGAAGAAGAAGGGUAAGAAGUCAGCAACACCACAGACCGACACCUCGAGAACAGAAUCACCACGCCCGCCGCCUGCUCUGGCCACACCCAUGGACAAGCUGAAUGCCGUCAACUCGACUCUCCAGACUCUACUACCGCAGUGUGUCCAGUUCCUCGCCAACCCACCAACCGACCAGGCAAAGAAAGAUUUCGAGCACAAGCGUCUUAGCGAGACUGUACUUGCACAGGUUCUUCUCAAGCUGGAUGCCGUCGACACCGAGGGUGAUGCAGAAGCAAGAGCGAGGAGAAAGGAGCUUGUCAGGGAGGCUCAGAACGUACUCAACAGUCUGGACGAAAAGAUCAAGCCAUGA